AUGCUGCUCUAUGCUACUGGAUUGUUGGUAUUCUAUAGCAGUCUCGACGAAUAUUUAAGUAACGAGGAAACCCACACAGUUCUGCUGGUAUUCAAACUUGAACAUCCUCCUCUGGUCUUAAACAAACGCAAGCUUUAUCUUCUACAAGCCUCACAAGAUCCACACACAAUGCAGUUCACAUACACCGCCAUCGCUCUCGCCCUGGUGACCGCCAUCUCAGCCCAGAACAACUUCGUCAUCAUGAGCUGCAACACCAGCCCCAUCCCCUGCCAGGCUGUUGGCAUACCCUGCAGGAAUGAAAAUACCCCCUGGGCCUGUCCUGUCCGUAGUGACCAGGUGGCGAGCUUCGAAGCCAGCUGCCGCAACAUCAAUGCCUUUCCCGAGAUUCGCGGAUCUGGCUUCACCUUGAGUGACGCCAAGCAGACAGCUGGAUGCAAGGUCUAA